AUGAGAGUUGUUGUGGAGUCUUCCAGAAAGGAUCGUGUUGGAUUCGUCAUCACAAUUGUAAUGCUCUGUGCAAUUGUUUUAUUAUUUGCAACUGGGAGUGUUCACUCAGCAAAGACAUUAAAAACCUCCAAAACAACAAAAACCUCAACAACAACAGCUAUUAAGGAAGGUAUUCCAAACAUUUCUAUUGAUAACUUUGGAGAUAUACAAUUCAUGAAUGUGGAACACUCUCUCACAGAAGAAGUGGCUAGUAAUCUUACCAAGACAGACCUCUCUAUUCAGGUUGGAGAGAUGGUUUCAAAACAAUUAUCCAAAAUCACCAAUGUAAGGGAAUCAUUCCUACAUGCUGAUCCAUUCGGAACUGUGUAUCAAAUUGAAGAUUUUUCCAAAACAACUCAAUCCUUAAUGACCAACAGUAACAACGACACUAAAUUACCACCAUUGAAAUUAGAAUUAACAUUUGAUAAGAAAAAUCCAAAUAGUGAUAAUGCAACCCGAUACUUGGAUAUUGUUACUCCAGUGACACAAAUAUUGAAUAAUGAAAACAAUCCAGUUGCCUACUGUGUUGGUAGGGCUGCAUCUAAUUUGUUAGCCAAUCAAAUAACUCUUCAAGUAUUGGCUGAUCUUUAUGGAAAAGUCUCCACUCAAUACUUGUCUUCUAAAUUUACAUUUGAGGUUUCAAAGAGUUCCUACGAGAAGGAAUUGAAUGUUUACAAUCCUAUUGUGAAGAGGUUCAACAAAGCCUUAGAGAAUAUGAAGAAUCUUAUCAAUACAAAGAAAGAACUUCUCUCCAAACAAUAA